UCUCAUCGAUAAAGAAAAAAACUAAGCCUGAAAUUCGACUGCAAGGAGCGUAUCACUUGACUAAAUACAAUUUAAUUUAGUGAUAUUUAUCUUCUCAACGUCGCUCCUAUAAAAUUCUUAACCCGAAGGCGAGUUCGAACCCAGUCUCGAUAUCGUGUGUAUAAAAAUCCAAGUGCCAGCAUCCGGAAACCUCAACUGUCAGUACUUGGUCUAUGUGUCCCAUUUUUCAUGGAUGAAAUCCAGGUGGGUCUUUCAGCUUCAGAACCUCAGCUCCCACCACUUCCCCUCCUGCGCUUCCUCUCUAAUCUCCGCCUUCAAAACCAAGCUCCACCGGAACCCCUAUUCACAAACAACGGCAACAUUGGUCCUCAACAAUGUCGACAUAAGCCUGCUCCUCUCUCUUUGUGGAAAAGAUCGCAACUUUCAGCUGGGUUCUUCCCUCCACGCCUCUCUCAUCAAGAACCCUGAAUUCUUUCACCCUGAGAAUCACGAUGAUCACCGCAAUGCCCUUGUUGUUUGGAAUUCUUUGCUGUCAGUGUACUUAAAAUGUGGUAAAUUACGGAAUGCAGUCCAACUGUUUGAUGAUAUGCAUGUGAGGGAUACGGUCUCGUGGAAUACGAUGAUAUCUGGAUUUUUGAGGAAUGGGGAGCUGGAUAGUGGUUUUGGGUACUUUAAGCAAAUGUGUGGAUUGGGUUGUUAUCGAUUUGAUAAAGCGACUUUGACUUCAAUCUUAGCAGCUUUUGAUGGGCCGGAGUUUUGUCACUUGAAUAAGAUGAUGCAUGGUUUGGUGGUUUUGAAUGGAUUUGAGCGGGAAACUGCUGUGGGGAAUGCUUUGAUCACAUCGUAUUGUAAAUGUGGGUGUUUUCUGUCCGGAAGACGGGUGUUUGAUGAGAUGUUUGAUAGGAAUGUGAUUACAUGGACUGCGAUGAUUUCGGGCCUUGCACAGAAUGAAUACUAUGUUGAAAGUUUGGAGUUGUUUUUGGAGAUGCGUGGUGGAGUGGUGGAUCCAAAUUCUAUGACUUAUUUGGGAUUACUCAUGGCAUGUUCUGGUUUGCAGGCAGUAAGUGUAGGGCGGCAAAUUCAUGGACUUGCAUGGAAAUUGGGAAUUCAAUCCGAGUUGUGCAUUGAGAGUGCACUAAUGGACGUGUAUUCAAAAUGUGGUAGUGUGGAAGAGGCAUGGAAAAUUUUUGAAUCCACGGAAGAACUUGAUGAGAUUUCUAUGACUGUUAUUCUGGUGGGAUUUGCACAAAAUGGGUUUGAGGAUGAAGCAAUCCAUAUUUUUGUGAAAAUGAUAAAGGCAGGAAUUGACAUUGACCCAAACAUGGUUUCAGCAGUUCUUGGCGUAUUUGGUGUUGAUACUUCUUUAGGUCUAGGAAUGCAGCUCCACUCUUUAAUUGUCAAGAAGAAUUUUGGUUCAAACUCUUUUGUCGGUAAUGGGCUUAUAAAUAUGUACUCCAAGUGUGGAGAGUUGGAGGAUUCAGUCAAAGUGUUCAGUCGGAUGCCUCAAAGGAACUCAAUUUCUUGGAAUUCCAUGAUUGCAGCUUUUGCCCGUCAUGGAGAUGGCUCAAAAGCGUUACAGUUGUAUGAAAAGAUGAAUAUGGAAGGUGUACAACCAACAGAUGUUACAUUUCUGUCUCUACUUCAUGCUUGUAGCCAUGUUGGCUUCGUUGAAAGGGGCAUGGAGUUCCUGAAAUCCAUGAACAAAGAUCAUGGGAUGAGUCCGAGGCCAGAACACUAUGCUUGUGUUGUCGACAUGUUAGGUCGGGCAGGACAUCUCACUGAGGCCAAAAGUUUUAUCGAAAAGCUACCAGAGAAUCCUGGUGUACUUGUUUGGCAAGCAUUGCUUGGUGCUUGUUGCAUUCACGGCGAUUCAGAGAUUGGCAAAUAUGCCGCGGACCAGUUGUUAUUGGCAGCACCUGAGACACCAGCACCAUAUGUUUUGCUUGCCAAUAUAUAUUCUUCUGAAGGAAGGUGGAAAGAGAGAGCAAGGACUAUUAAGGGGAUGAAGGAGAUGGGGGUGACAAAAGAAACGGGUAUUAGUUGGAUCGAGAUUGAAAAGAAAGUUCAGAGCUUUGUUGUUGGGGAUAGGAUGCAUCCACAAGCAGAGCCCAUUUAUAGGGUUUUAGGCGAACUGUUUAGACUGAUGACAGAUGAAGGGUAUGUACCAGAUGAAAGGUUUAUACUGUACUAUUUGGAUCAAGUUGAAAAGAGAUUGAGAUCUGUUAUUUUGGGUGUCAAGAUAUUUGCUUCUUUAUGGACGACUGGAGAUUUGAGUUUGCCAAAUUCCAGUGACCCUCUCCAAUCUCUCUCAGCUGACAGUAUGAACAAAUUAGAGGGGGAAGUUCCUGCAGAGUUGGGAAUGCUACAGAACCUUGAGAUUCUCUACUUUCAUAUCAAUGCCUUAGGUGGUGGCGGCGGAUUUGUUGGAAGGAAAAAUUCCAGCAUCUAUGGCCCUAUGGGGAAGCUUGGGAAUUUGCAGAGGUUAUACUUGUACAAAAACAGAAUUCUUGGAGCAAUUCCAGAUGACAUGGGGAAGAUGUUUAGCCUUUGUGUACUGGAUCUUGGAAAAAAAUUGAUUGGCGGGUCUAUUCCACCUUCACUUGGUAAUCUCUUACAGCUGAGAUAUCUUAACCUGUCUGAAAACCGCCUAUCUGGUAAAUUUCCCGUCAACCUUACUCACUGUUCUCUAAUGGUGCUUCUUAAUUUAUCUUUCAACAGCUUGCAAGGUUCUAUUCCUGUACUGCUUGGCCUUCUUUCAAGAUUAGACUUCUCAAUUAACCUUUCAAACAGUCAUUUCGAAGGUCAACUACCUGCAAGCAUUGGAAAGUUGGUGUCCCUGCAAGCAAUCGACUUCUCGAAGAAUAAGUUGGACUCGAACUUGGGAGAGCAUCUCUAUCCUGGUGGACUAGAGGAAGGAGCUUGUAAAUUAACUUUGAAUGAAAAAAUAUCAAUAGCUACAGAUAUUGGGAAUGGAAAGCUCAUUUCAACUGACCAACUGAAAGAACAUGUCAACGACCGGCUCUCUACGCGGAUUAAUUGGUUAUAUCACCAGAAUAUGGACAGGGAAUUGAGGUAUCUGCUAAAAGGCAUGUGCAUUGCUUUGCUGGAGGCAUACUCACGAGGCACGCAUGGUGCUUUAGCAGAGCUCGAACUAUGCAGCAUUCAAGGGCUUGAUAUAGGGAUGAUGUGCACAGAGAGAGUCCACACAACGACCCUCGAUGUCCUCGGUUGUGUCAAUGCUGAAAAAAAAAAGUCUGGAAAUAAGAGGAAUUUGAAGCUCCAAUUUCAGGCCCAUCCAACUGAAACGCAACGUUUUGCCCUUCUACUAACAUUAAAUAAUAGAGCAGCAGUUUUUCUUAGAAGUGAAGAGAGAGAAAUGGAAGGUUUAUUAGUGUGCGGUUGGAAGAUACCACCAAUUCUACCAUUUCAAAAAGCCGGUACUACUCGUAACCGCCAGAAAUUCACAGUGAAGAACUGCAGAGAGGAUACUCCUCCUCUCUCCGCCACUUCCACCGCUUACACUAUCCUCGGUGUCCAGCCUUCCUGCUCCGCCGCCGAGCUCAAAGCCGCCUUCCGCGCCAAAGUGAAGCAGUUUCAUCCAGAUGUAAAUAGGAACGGGAAAGAUGCUGAUAUGAUGAUUCGCCGUGUAAUUCAGGCCUAUGAGAUGUUAUCGAGUUACAGCCGAUCGGAGAUAAUCGAGAGGGAAUGUGUAGAUCCCUUUGAUAAUCCAGAAUGUGAAGCGUUUGAUGUUUUUGUUAACGAGGUUCUUUGUGUGGGAAAAGGUUGUCUAUAUUCAUGUGUACAAAGAGCCCCUCAUGCCUUCACUUAUGCUUCAACUGGGACUGCAAGAGCUACAUCUCAAGGAUUUGGGGAUGAUUACCAAGUUCAGCUUGCAGUUGGUCAGUGCCCAAGAAGUUGCAUUCAUUAUGUUACUCCAUCACAGAGAAUUAUUUUGGAGGAGUUACUUGACAGUAUCAUCAACACACCGUAUGAUAGUUCGCCCGAGGCAGAUUUGCUCUACUCGCUUAUAGUCAAAGCCAUGUUUGAGAACAACCGGUAUCAGAGGCCGAAGAAGCAGCCAAAAGCUUCGACACAACAUGUUGAUUGGUUUUGAUUUGUGGAAGAUUUUGUAGAGCACAUAUGUUGCUCAAUGCCACUGUAUGGGAGGAAGAAACUGAUAGCAGAAAUGUCGAUUAGGGUUGCCUGUAAAUUAGAUCAUUAAAGCUACUGUACUGGAGAAUAUCUAUGCCAAAAGCACUCGGUUUCAGUGAUACGAAAAUGUGAAGUUUUCUUUCUUUCA